AUGGAAACAUGGUUAAUUCAAUCUAUAUGGAUUGCUGUUUUUGGUUUUCUCAAAGAAUUUCGACCAGAAGAUCCUUACAUAACUCAAUAUUUGACUAAUCCACCAAUGAAUUUUACAAAUGAAGAAGUAAGUUUAUUUUCAAUUUAUUUGCAAAAUGUGUGAUAUCUAAAAUAAAUGAAAUGUUAUAUAUAUUAAAUAGGUAUUUAUUAUAAAAUUAUUUAUUUAGAAUAAUUUUAAUAUUCCAAUAUUAUACAAUUGAUUUUGACAAUUUUAAUGAUUAAAUUAAUCAAUAAUAGAAAUUUUAUUAAUUUGAAACAAACAAUAAUUUAUACAAUUUUACAGAUAAUAUAAUAUAAUUAUGUUAUUAUUUUUAAUUUAUUAAUGUUAUUAAUCAAUGAAAUAAAACUUGACAGUAAUCAUUUUUUAAUGAGUAAUAAUUAUAUGAGAUAACCUAUAUUUAUCAUAGUUUAUUUAGUUAAAAACGGGACUUUAUUAAAUGCAUUUAAAAUUAUUAAUUUGCCUGUUAUCAAAUUAUUAAUGUUACCAAUUAAUUAUUAAAUUAAAUAUAGUUUUUAAUUCAUUAGGAUUGUUUAUGUAAUCAUUAUUUUAUUUAUUUUUUUAAUAGGUAAACCAAGAAAUAUAUCCAGUUUCAACAUAUACGUGCCUUGGACUUACAGUUAUUGUAUUUUUGGUUACUGAUUAUUUACGUUACAAACCAAUUAUUGUAUUAAAUGCUGUUUCAAGUGUUAUUACACAAAUAUUUUUGAUUUUUACUCGAACUAAGACGGACAUGAAGGUAGGCGAGCAAACAUAAUAACUUAAAAACCAUUGUUUAUUAAUUAUUAUUGUUAUAUUAAAAUGCCCCAAGGUGUACAUUUUAUUAUAAAGCAAAAUAAAAUAAAUAAAUAAUAUGAUUAUAAAUAGCAAUUUAACUUAAUAUUAUAUAUAUAUAUAUAUAGAAAAUAAAAAUUGUUUUAAAUUCUAAAGGAAAGUUUUAAUAUAUUUGUUAAAUUUAAUUGAAAAAUUUAAAAUAUAUCUAUUUCUAAUGGAGUAUUUGUUUGGUAUAGAUCAUGGAAGUCUUUUAUGGUACUAUGAUAGCUUGUGAAGUUCCAUAUUUUACAUAUAUUUACACUAAAGUAGAUAAAAAGUAUUUUAAAAAAGUAUCCAGUCAUAUGAAAAUGGCAUGUCUUAUAGGUCGACUUGUUUCGGCUUUGCUUGCUCAACUACUUAUCGAUAACCACAUAUUAACAGUGCCACAUUUGAAUUAUUUAACACUUUUUGGUAAAAUAUUUUAAAGAAUUCAAUUAAAUUAUUAGUUGACUAAACAUUUUUAUUUUAUCACAGGUGCAUGUGCAUCAGUAUUAUGGGCCAUUGGAUUACCUCCAGUUAAGAAUAGUCUGUAUUUUCAUAAAAGUCCUGAACAUACUCAUAUAAGAGAUAUCAGUACAGGUAUAGUACUUUAAAUUUUAUAUAAAUACAAUAUUAAUAUUCUUUGCUUAAUAUUUUGAUUCAUUUUGUAAGCUUGAGUUAUCUUAUAACCAUAAAAAUAAAAUGCAUCUAUUUUGUAAUAUUAUAUACUCUAAGUAAUUAUUUAGGCGAUGCUUUCAAUUUGUAACCUUAAAUAAUUUUAUUAUACAUAGUGUUCUAUAAAGUAAAGCAAAUUGCUGUAGAUAUUAUUGUACGCUAUUUAUUUUAUAAGCCUAUAACGAAGUAAUAGGCAUUACAUUACAUUUUAAUAUUACUUUCUUUUUAUUUUUAUUUCAAAUUUGAAUAUAAGUUUUGUUAGAAAAAAAAAAAAUAUUUAACUAUAGUUCAAUAUUGUUUAACGUAAAAAAAGCUGUUGAUAUGAUUUGAAAAAAUUAUUUCUAAAACUUAAUACAAUAAAAAUUUAAAAAAUUCAGUGGCAAUCAUUUAAAUGAAUAUAAAACAAUAUUAUGGAACUCAUAUACUAUCUACAUUGGAAACAUACCUAACGCAACCACAAUUCACAUCAUCCCAUUCGGGGUUUUUUUUACGUCUGAAAAUGACUUUAUUAAUUCUUAUUAUUGUUAUAACGGAAUGUUGGAAAAAAAGCCCUGAACAGGAUAGAGUAGAUUAAAUGUUCUGUAUUGGCAGACUAUAUAUGUACGUAUAUGUGUAUAGAUGUUUUAAAGGCUAAACGCAUCUGGUGGAAAGGUUAAACUACAAAAUAAAUAUAAUAAUUAAUAUUUAUAACAACAAAAUAAAAAUAAUGUAUUAAGUAUGAAAUAUUAUUGUUGAAACUCCUUAUUGAAAAAUAUUACUAAGUAAAAUAAUUAUUAUGUUACAUUAUUCUAUUGACUACUAGAUUAAGGGGAUUGGAAGCGGUGAUUUUCUAUGUUUGUCUUACAUACGUACAAUAUAGGUAUUUAAAUGUGUUCUAUUUUCUUUAUACCAAUUGGUCUAAAAAAGCUAUAAGAAUAGUGAAAGCAGAUUUGAAUUUGUUUUCAAGUCUACUUGAGAUUGACUUUUCCACUCUUUUUAUUUCAAUUUCUUCCAAAAUUAAAUAUUCCAUUUUUUUAAAUUACUCUGUUUUUUAGGAUUUAGGAGGAUAAAACCAAACAAUUAGGAAAGUCGAUUUCAAGUAGAUUUGAUGGAAAAUUCAAAUCUGUUUUCAAAAUUCUUAUUGCUUCACUAGAACAAUCUGUAUGUUAGAAAUGUAGUCCAACAGAUGUAUUCGAUGUAGUUUGAUAAAUACAUUUCAAUAGUUCUUAAAAAAACUAAUUUGAAUUAGUUAGUUACUGAUUAAUAUAAAUUAUUAUUUCUUGAAUGAAGUAGUCGUUAGGUGUGGUUACCAAACUUUAGCCCAAAAUAAAGUGGUCCUAUGCUUAAUUUUUAAAAGAAGUUUGAUCAAAGCCUAACCUUAACAUAGGGCUUAGCACCAUUGAUUGUACCAACCGAAAUGAACAUACUUUCAUAUUUUUGAUUGUAUUAUUAUUCUUUACUUUUUAAUAGGGUUUUAUUUUUUUUAAAUUACACUCUUCUUAAUUAAAUAAAACAUUAAUUUUAGUUUUAAUUAAUAUUACUGAGAAGAACAAAUGAUUGCACUUUUAUAAAUUAAUUUUUAAUUAUUCAUUUUAACUUGGUUUUUUGUGGUAGAAAUUAUAUAAUCGUAACUUCAUGAGUAUUUAGGAAAAAAUGUUAGUGAAAGAACAUUCUCUGAAUUUAGUAAAUUGUAUACAAACAUUAGAAUAUAUAUUUUAAUUAUUUGUCUAUAACUUUAUUAACUUUUAAACUAAUUUUCAUUUAUUACAGUUUCUAUUCCCAAACUUACAUUCUCUAUAGUUUUAUUAAACUUAAUUUCAGGUAUAAAUGUGUAAUAAUAAUACUAGUUUAUAGUUAUAAUUAAAAUAAAAAAUAAAAAAUAAUAAGAACAAUUAUAAGAAUAUAAAAAAUGUAUUAUAUAAAUUAUACUGAUUAAUUAUAAUAUUCACUAAGUGGGUAGCUAUAUUUUAAUAUUUUACAUUUCUUAAGAUAAAUGUUGUAAUUAUGUAUAGUUUUUUUUUCUAAUUGUUUUCUGCUUGCUUACUUAAAACUAAUUUAGUACUUUAUUUUUAUUAAAACUAUUAAUUUUUAACACUAAUUUAGUUUUGAAAAAUAUUUAGUGAAAUAAAACUAAAUAAUAUAAUAAUUGUUAAUAACGAAUGUAUAAAAUAUUUGAUGUAUGAUUAUUUAUUUUGAAAAAAAUAUCAAAGCUUUAAAAACAGAAUUUUAUAUUAUAUUAGUUUAUCCAAAAAUAUGUAAACUGAUGCAAUAAAACAUUUAUUUCAAAUACAUUUUGAUAAAUAAAAUUAAUCCUCUUCAAAGUAACCUCCAAUGGUUGUAAUUAAAUAAAAUUGUUCUAUCUAUAUUUGCAUUGUUUAAAACAUCCUUAUACAUCAUGAGAAAUUAGGCACUACAGUUUCCUUGUCAAUUUGUAUUUUGUGGUUUUCAGUGCUGUGUUCACGUGACCAUUUUUAAUUUCGGAAAAAAAAAUAAGUCACUCUGAUGAGUGAGGGAGUGGUAAAGUGUAUAAUGGAAUUAUGAACAAGAAUUCUCAGUUUCUUUUCAGAUUUUGCUUUAGAAACAGUAGCUUUGAAAUGUUUGUUGUACACAAUUUUCUUAAUCCAAAUCUUGUGUCAAAAUUGUGUUCAUAGAUGAUUUUUUGAUGUUCAACUCAUCAGUUAUCAUCUGAAAAAUCAUUUUUUACUUAAAAAGCAUGAGAGACUGCGCACGUUCAAUGUUUUUGUUGCCACUUAAAGUGAAAGGACAUCUUGAUCUCAUAUUGUUUUUAUGCCCCUCCUUAAUCAAUUUAAAAAUUUCUGUUCUUUUUAGUAUGGUGUUUCCAUUAAUAGUGUUUGAUAUUUUAUUUGAGCUUUUCAAAAUUUCACUUAGAAUUUUAUAAAUGCAAGUCACGUUUUACAUUUUGACUUUGUGAUUUAUUUGAUAAUGAAUUUUCAAUUCGAAACCGGUCGUACAAUACACUUAUCUUAAUACUCCAGGAGACGUAUUCAUUUAUUUAAUUAUUUACUUCUACAUAUGAAUUAUUUAUUUAUAUAUUUAUUCAUGAGCAUUUAAUAAUUUUGUUUUUACUUUAUUAUUUUAUUAAAAAUUGUAUGUUAACUUAUUGUUUUGUUUAUUCAUUAAUUUCUUUCAUUGAUAAAGAGAAAAAUAAAGUUGAACUAAAAUGUCUUUAACUCUACUCUUCCCUCAGCUGAUACUUAGUACUAUAAUAGACCAACUAGUGAGAACAGUUGUAUCCUCACCACAAAUUGCUGUAGAAAACCAAUUCGCAAACUUUUUGGACAGACUACGUACCUACAUUAUCCACAAAAUAAACCCUUCUGAAAUUAUUUUGUUAUUAUUAAUAUGUUAUUUUAUAUGUAAAUUGGUGUGUGUAUAUUUAAUAUAUAUUGCAUGCCCUGUAUAUAAGCACUGAGCAGUGACAGCAUGAAUGGGUAUUCUAUGAUGUAGUUGCAUUAUGACCAAAGAUAUUUGGGUGGGUAGUAUAUGUAGCAUAAUAUUAAUGGAAAACCUAAAUUUGUUAUAAUCUAUGGAAUCGUGGGUGGUAGUAAUAUUGAAAAAGUAUGUCUUGCAUUAUAGAUUGAAGUUCACGCUGCCACUGUAGAGUAUAUUAAUACAAAUUUAAAUAAGAACUAAUAUUAAAAAACAUCAUUGAUAAGGCCUUGAGGGUUAUGGAGUUUGACUAACAUGGUGAUUUGACUAUAUAUUUUUUUCAGAUUAGGUUAUAUAUUUUUUAGUAUAUUAUAUGUAUUUAAAUACAUUUUUGCAUUUAUGAAAACGUAUUAUGUAUAUAAAUAUAUAUCAUUCAUAGAUGUUAAUGCAUCCAUACCUAAAACUGUGUGUCAAAUACUUUGGUCGGACUUCAUCACUGCUUUCACAAACCGCUAUGUUCUUCAGUGGUCCAUCUGGUGGGCUUUAGGCACAUGCUUUUAUUACCAGGUUCGGAUUACUUUUGUAAUAAUCAAAUUUAGUAAUUUAUAUGAAAUAAGUCAUAUUUAUAUUGGGGAAAUUUUUUGAAUACAUUUUUAAAAUAUUUAUUGCAUAUUAAAAAAAUCAAUAUUUUUGAUUUGGUCCAUUUUAUUGUGAAUUUUUCAUACAAAUAAAAAAAAAAACGAAUCUUAUUAAAUAUUUAUUACAAAAAAGGUGCAUAGUUAAGAUAAAAAUAUAUAUAAUUUCAAUGUUAAUCCUAAUUAUUAAUAGAGUAGAUCUUAAAACUAGCGAUGUGGCAUUAUCCAGAUUACUAGAAAGUCCUGUUUUCGGAUUCAAAAUUACAAAAUUUGAGUUUGAUUGUUUAAAAUCUAUCAUAUUAUUUAAUUGCAUAUUUAUUAUGCUUCCAAAAUGAGUAUUAAAUUUAAAAAAAAAAAAAGUUUUGCAUUUAUAAAAUUUAUAUUUUAUAGAUAAAGGGUGAUAUUUUAACCAUUAUGGAAUCAGUUAAGCUUUAUUUUAAACCCAUUUUUCAUUUUUUACACUAUUCCAUAUAUUUAUUUAAGGUCUAUGGAGUAGGAUAAAAAAUAAAAAAUGGUUUUAAAAUAAAGCUAAACUGAUUCCAUAAUAAUUAAAGAAAAUAGACAUUAAAUUCACUUAAAAUUCAUUGAGAAAAUUGUUGGUUCAUGAUUAAAAAAUCACUCUGUAUAUAUUAUACAAAAGAAUCUGGUUUAUCAAAUUUUGGAAAAUUCCAAUUUUUCCCACUACUACUAUAAACAUAAAUGUAGACUUGACUAUUGUAUACAUAUUAGGGUUAAAAUCAGUAGUGCGCGCAGGAUUUUUUUUGGGAAUGGUUUUGUAAGGAUAGCACAUAUGAUCAGUACAAUAUUAUCACUAUUAUUACUGAAUAAAUUAUUUUUGAUGAAAUCAAAUGUAAUUUUAUUCUGUGAUAUACCAUAUAAUGUUGUUGAAAUAAAACUUGAUUUACAAAAAUGUAGUGAAGGAAAACAUUUUGGAGGGGAUUAUAACCCCCUGACCCCCUCCCCCUAUGUGUGCGCCACUGAUUAAAAUCUUAUUUUCUAUUUGUAAAUUAUGUAAAAUAUUUAAUAAAUUUGAAUAGUAUAAAAAGAAAAAUGGCAUGUAAUGUGUACAGUUUUUAAUAAUUAUCACUUUUAUUGGACAUGUAUUUUUUUUUUUUUUUGUAUUUUAUAGAUGAUAGAGAAUUUAUAUGAAGAUUUAUAUAAUGUAGAAAUAAUAAAAAUAUUUAAAUUGUAUGUUGAAUAUUCCAAAAAAAGGUUUGAAAUCUAUACCAGUGGUUUUCAAACUAGGUGUCCGUGCCACACUAGUGUAUUGUGAGCAUUCAUUAGGCGUGCCAAGUCUUUUGAAAUUUGUUUUCCUUAAAUUGUGAUUAACCACCGGUUAUGGUGAUCCAAUCAGUUAGUGUGAAGUCUUAACUCUUUUGAUUAUGUUUCGUUUGAGUAUGACUCGUCAAUUUUGUUCUUAGUUUUAAUUUUGUGUAAAAAAGUAAACAAUGACAAAACAAAAAAAGGUCACACUGUGCCAUGAAAAUGUUGUAAAAAGUGAAGUAUGCCGUAGUCAAAACAAUUUGAAAACCACUGAUUGACAAUGUGUCAAUUUGAGAGUUGGAAAGUUAAUCAUUUUAGGAUUUUUUUUCUUUGUUAAAAGAAUCCUUAAAUUGUUUACUAUGUAUUUGUACCUACAACUUAACCUUUGAUAUUUUUAGAUUCUGGCUGUUAAUAACUUUUUUAUCAGGAAAUUUUGAUCCAAUUAACAAAUGAAAGCCUUUUUGUGUAAUUUUAGAUGUAGUUGGUCCGUAGGAGAGGACAUUUUCGAUUUUGAAUACUUAUAUUAAAUUUAUUGGAAGUGGUAAAAUUUUCAAAACAGUUUGGCGAUUUUUGAAUAGCACAAUUUUGAUUUAAGAAAAUAAAUACACAACCUACCAAAUAAUUUUGUUAACUAUUGUAGUAUAAAAUAUCAAAAUAAUAUGUCUAACGAAGUCACUAAAAUUCUGAACAAUAAUACAAAUAAUGUAAAAAUCGCUUUUAAGACUAAUAAUAAUUUAAUCAAACAUAUAAACUAAAUUAAUAGAACUAAAAGCUUCACAAAGAAAUCCCCCUUCUUUUGAAAAUGCUUGUAUGUAUAAACUUAAUUUAACUGUAACAAAUUUGAUAUAGGUAAGAUAAAUAGAAAUUUUAAUAUAGGAUAUAAAGAACACAUUACUGAGAUAUAAUUAGAAAAGACUUCCCCUAAUUAAAAUUUCACUAAACAUGUUUUAAAAAAAUAACCAUAAUAUAAGCUUUUAUAUUAAUAUAGACUUAGAAAUAUUAUUAAAUACCCAAAAUAACAUUUACAUUAAUUCAGUUUUAGAAGAAUUGUAUACAUACAAUGAAAUAAAGAAAAAUGAUUUAUAUUUCUUAACAUAUAUAUAUCUAAUAAUAACACAUUUUAAAUAAUCUUUACUAUUAAAAUAAAUUAUUUCCAUACAAAAUGACUAAUUUGUAUAAUUUUUUUUCUAUGUAUUCUUUCAUUUAAUUUUAUAUAUUUCGCGUUUUACAUUUGAUAUACCCGAUUUUUAAUUCAAAACUGGUCGUGUGAUACACUUAUCAUAAUACUCCAGGCGACGCAUUUAUUCAUUUUUUAUUUUUAUAUAUUUCUUUACGAGCAUUAACCAUUUUAAUAAUUUUGUUUUUACUUUAUUAUUUUAUUGCCUAUAAUUUGCUCAAAAAUAGACAAUUUUUCCACAUCUAGUAAAAAAGUUAUUAUAAAUAUUCUGAGUUAAUGUAAUCCUCCUCAGUAAAUUUUUUAAUUUAUAAUAAAAAACAAAAAUCGGAAAUAACCAUUAAUGGCUUAACUUUCCUCGUAUUUCCUACGUUUUUUUCCUAGGUUUUGCCCAUCAUUAUCAUAACUAUUUAGAAAAUCAAAAAAUUACUUUCUCAUUAAUUAACUUGAUCAAAAAUACAAUAUAAAAGGUCUCUUGUCAUUUUUCAAUUAUAGUAAGAUUUCUGGUAGAAAAAGUAAAGUAUAAAAAUUGAAAAUUAUGAGAUUGAUAACGCCGUACCGUAAAUAUUAAGUCAGUUUUCCUGAUAAUUUUUGUUCUAGUUAUUGAAAUUAUUAAAACCCCUAUGAAAACCCCUUAGAAAAUCUUAAAAUUACUUCUUUAAUGCAACAACUAGGUCUAAAAUGCAAUAAUAAAGGUCUAUUAUCAUUUUUUAUUUGAAGCAAGAUAUGGUAGAAGAGUUGACACAAAAAUAAAAAAAACACGUCAUAGGAAAAUUAAUAAGUCCUUUGCUAUGCUCAUAAUUUAAAAUUCUAUGAUUCUAAAAAUUUUAAAAUUCUAUAAUGAAAAUUAUCAAGGUGGAAUGUGGGUAAUUAUUAAAAAAUAUUAAAAUAGUGUUCAAGUUUUAAGAUUAAAUAAAGAGUGUUUAUAAUAUUAAAUUGUAUUUAAUGUAUAACUAAUUAAUUAAUGUUAUGGCAUUACAAAUAUGUGUUUGACUUAUAUAUCUUAUUUCAUUUAUGAGUUAAACUGUUUUAAAUUUGAAAAUCAAUAUUUGAGUCAAGGUUUGUUUUCUAACUUUACAUAUUAUGCAUGUAUAUGCAUACAUAUUCACCAAAUAUUUAUAUUUAAUGAAUAAAAAAAAUAUUGUCUAAAAUAAAAUUUUGUUUUAUCUAAAAUUUUUAAAUAAGAUACAGAAAGUAAAAAUAGUCAUUUGAAAUUUUCCUAUAGGUUUUUUAAAAGUAAUGAAACUAAAAACGAGUAAAAUUUAUAGAACACACAUUAAAAAAUUUAUAUUCUAUAGAAGAGUGAAUUUAUUGCUGAAAUGCAAAUUAUGACAUUUGUUUUCUACAAUGAUUUAAAACAUUAAUUUGAAUUUGUUUGAAAUAUGUUAAUUUAGUUUAUGUCGUAUGCUCAAUCUUUAUUUCAAGAAAUAUUCAAGGAUGGCACAGAUUUGCAAGUAACUGAUAAUGGAAUUGUUGAGGCUGUUUAUACAGUUAUAAGUAUGUAUAAUACUUACAAUUGGAUGACAUAUUUUUAAAAAUAAUGAAUUAAUAAUUUACAGGACAUGCCUUUAAGUAAUUUAAGUAAAGAGUAAACUCUUGACUUUAAUUUAACUGUUAAAACAUUAAUAUAAAAAUUAUCGAGCUUUUAUAAUUGUUUAUAUUAUAUACUAAUAUAAUUUCACAGUAAAAUAUAAAUUACAAGAAUAAAAUAUAAUUUUAUACAAAAUGUUUGAUAGUUUAUAAUUCUUAUUUUAUACUCAGUUUCUAGUGCACUUUGGUAAUAUAAUUAUCAAUGUCAGUUCAUAUAAUUGUAAUUUUAUAAACUCAUGAAUUAAAUUCUAAGUAAAUUAUUAUUUAAUGAUUACUGAUUGUCUAAUGUAAUAUUUAUACAUUUUAAUUAUUAGGUAACUAAAAUAUUAGAUGAAACUAUUAAAUUUUCUGUUUUAUUAGUGUUUAUUUUAUUAAUAAAAAUUAUUUCUAAUGUGGCCCUAUUAGAAUUUGUAAGUAAUAUCAAUAUAUUUUUUAAGGUACACUGGGAGUUUAUUUGAUUAGUAUUAUAACAGUGCCUAGUUGGUGGUUGGUGGGUAUACUAACUCUAUGCCAAAGUGUGAUAUUGUUGAUAAUGGCUCAAGAAAAUUUAUUAUCACACGCAUAUGUGGGUUAUAUACUUUUUGGAACAUUUUAUCACAUUAUGGCUACUACAGCUUGGUAAGUAUAAAUCUAACAUUAUUCCAUAAUAUAUAUUUUUCAAUAUGUCAAUUAAUAAUUUAUUGUUUCUAAAAAAUUUAAUUAUUAUGAAUACAUAUAAUAUAUUUGGUAUAUUUUAAUAUAUUAGUUACUGUUUUUUUAGUUGUGAAGUAGCCAAAAAUAUUCCACAAGACAGUUAUGCAUUAGUGUUUGGAAUUAAUAUAUUCAUGUCACUAUUACUACAAACGUGUUUGACAAUAGUUGUUAAUAGUCCAAUGGGAUUGAUGUUAAACAUUAGAGCACAAGUAAAGUUAUUAUUAAAAUGUAUUAAUUUUAAUAUUAAAUUAAUAACUAAUGGUAUACUGAGUGAUCCAUUUAACUGGGUACACUCAUUAUUUUGAAUAGUUUUAACUUUUUUCGUGAUUUGUUUUCUAAAACAUUUAAGAAACAAGUAGCUCUAAAAUUUUAUAUUCAUAUUAUUUUUUGAGGGUAAAACUACUAUCUAAUUUUGAUUUUUAAAUGGCAACCUAUAUUAAAAUAUCCAUAAAUAGAUGGAGUAUUAGUUAAAAUAAAUUUGAGUGUUGAAAUUUUUUAUUUCUGUCAAGCGAUUGACAAUAUAUUACCACUACUCUCUUCCAAUCUAAAUUUGUGCAUUCAGAUAUUGAGUUUGAGAUUAUAUUAGCUUUACUUUUGUAUAUAACUCAACAUUUAACUAAUAUUCGAUUAUACAUUGUAUAAUAUAUACUUUUAAUUUGGACAUUUUGGUAUCAGGAACUUGAGAUAUUUAUAAAGGAUAAGUAUAUUUUAUUGAAUUAAGAUCCAUAUAUUUAUCAUUUUACUACUUAAUAUUUUAUUUCCAUAUAGUUUGUUAGUUAUUAUAAACAUUUUUUAAAUCUUUUUAUAGUUUUAUGUAUAUGGUCAAAGUUGUUUAAUAAUUGGAGCAGUAUAUACUAUCAAAGCAUUGUGGUUUACAUUGUCUAGGAGAAGAAGACAUGUUAUGUCUAUUACCUAAAAGUGAAACAAUUUAAAACUAAGAACUUUAAUUAUUAACUAAUUUAAUCAUGAUUAUUAUUGUAUGUUUUAUAUUUGUAUUAAAAAAUGUUAAAUAUUAAAAUUAAAACAGUUUUUUUUAUUAUUUUUUUAUAGUUUUAUUAAUUUCUAUACUUGCAUAAUAGAAACAUACAAGUAUUAACAAUGCAACAUUUGUAUUUAGUACCAUUUUUUGAAAAUGCUCAAAAUAUUCUCUUCGCAUUCUGUUACAACAAACAAAAACUGGUAUGUAGUUUAUAUUUUCAUUUUCAAGGUAAAAUAUUAUCGUAAAAUAAACUGAGAAUCAAAAAAAAUUUACUUCCUCACAAAUUUAUUAUUAUUUAAUUAUUGUGGAAAAAUAUGUAUUAGUUUUACUAAACUGUGUGCUUUUUUUAAAUUUAAGUUUUGUUUUUCUAUCUAUAAACAUACAAUUGAUCAAACUGAAAAUAUACCAAGUUCUACAAUAUAUCAUAUAGUACUAAUUAACCUACAAACAAAUUUAUUGCUGAUUUAUUAUUGAGACAAAUUUUUAUUACAAAAAACCGUUCAAUUUAUCAUAAUAUAUAGGUAUAUGAAAUUUUGCACAGGGUUUACAUUACUAAGGUUAUUUUUAAAAGUAAAAUCAAAAUCCAAAUCAAUAAUUUUUUGGUAUACAAGAUUCUAGGUAAUAUCUGAAUGAUAAAAUGUGAUGCAAAAAUUGAUAAUUCAAUACAGUGACCAAAUGUAUUUUCACCGUUGCUGUAAAACUCAUAGUAUAAACUCAGACUUAGAUCAAUAGAUCAUAUGUCUUAUGAUACAUAGAUAAAGUUGUGUUUUGAUAAUUUGAAGAUUAUAAGAGACGGAUUGCGUGGACAAGUAUUUACAUCUGUACGCAAAGAUAAACCAUUGCUAAGGAAAAAAGGAUUCUGAGUACAGUUCAGUUGAUAGUAUUGCUUUGUUAACAAUAUAUAUAUAUCAUAUUAUGGUAAAAUGAUUAUAAUAAUUUGAUUUUCCAUGACACCAAUGAUUGUUUAAAAAAAGAUUUAAAAUAAUAAAAACUUAAUAAUAACAAUAAAUAAAUAAAAACGGUUGCCGAUGACAACCUUAUUUUUAAUCUUUCAAUAUUUUUUAACCUAAAGAACCAAGUUUUCCUCAUCUCAAAUUUUAAUGAAAAUUUCAAAAAAUGACCUCUUUAAAGUAUCACCUAGAGAACAUUUCCUUUCAGAAAAGGUGCUAUACUUGAUAAUCGGAGUAUGCUUUCUGGUAGAAAAUGUUCACAAAAAAAAUAUUAUUGUAAAACUAAUACAUACCUCGCUUUACUCAGAAUUUAAAAUAUGAAAAUAUCUAUUAAUAGUCUAAAAUUAAUUAGAAUAUUUUGAAAACUUUAACACGUCUACUAAAUGUCAAUAUAAAUAUUUUUAGAAAACUACAGGUCUUUAUAAUAGUUUCUUACCGAAUAACAACAAAAUAUCUAAUUCCGUACACUAGGUAUCAUAUUCUUUACGGUUUUCGUAAUUAUUAGGAAAACUAUACGGAAAGUUAAACAACUACUCUCUUACUCAUAAAAUAAAUACAAAUUUUUUCAGAAAAUACGUUAUUCUUUUAAUUUGGAUCAAGAUUUCUGGUAGAAAAAUAUAAUCUUACAAAUUUUAAAUAAUGAAAUUGUUGCUCUGUAAUUUGAAAAAAUUGUAGUUUUCGUGUUUUGGAUUUCCAAAUUAAUAUGAAAACCACUAUAAGUAUAAACAAAAAUGUCUAUCCUUGUCAGUAGCUAAGUAUUAAAUGAAACAAAAUCUUACUCUAGUAAUUUUUCGAUUGGAACAAUAUUUCUGGUAGAAAAAUAUAGUUUGCAAAUAUUAAAAGUACUAAAAUCGGUAUGUAACGCUGUGGCUUGUCGUUUAUAUGAAAAUUUUUUUGUCGGUUUUCCUAAUUAUUAUGUAAAUCCGUUAAAAAAUCAAAAGAAAACUCCCAUUACACUAACUAGAUAAAAUGUUCUUUUAGAAAAGGUGCUACACCCUACACUUGAUACAUCGGAGUAAGAAUUUUAUGAUACAACCACUGAACUAAAUACAAAUAAAAAUAGUAUUUAGUUUAGUAAGUAAACUGAUAGAUACCUCAUUACUCUCCGAAAGUAGGUAACAAAAAUCGUUAUUGUGUAAAUAUUCCCAUUUGUACGCUGUUUUCUCCAUUAUUAAGAAAACUACAAGGAAUAUCAUACGAUGAUGAUCGGAGUAAAAUGUCUGGUAGAAAAGUUGUUAAAAGUUGUUAUGUUUGGAAAGUAUUUUUCCGUUUCUUCUAAUUAUAUUAAACAAUUUUCAAUGCUAACAUAAAUAAAAUUAAAUAGUGUUAUUAAAUUAAAUUGUUUCAGUAAUAACGGGUGUGAUACGAAACGUCGAAAAUAAAAUAUUGACAGGUUAAAAUAUCUAAAUAUCGACAGAUUAAUAAAAAUAAAUGAUCACCAAAAUAACAUGUAUUAAAUGCCGGCUAUUUGUAAUUGGCUAUUAACAACAAUAUUAUUUGUAAUACCUAUACAAUACGCAUACAUAAUACAUACCUAUAUAAUAUUAUAUACUUAUUAUAUUUAUUACAAUAAUAUCGCAUUAUUUUCCGUUUCUUGAAAUAGAUAAAGUUCGUAUUCAUUUCACGAUGUGGAACUGCGGUUUUUCCAUUUAUUAUCGUAAUUACACAAUAUGGAUAACAUUCCGUGACAUUUCAUGAAUUGGGAACUCCUCGAAUUUGGGUACUUGGAUAUUUUAUCGCUUAAAUAAAACUCGAGUUAAGUCGGUGGUGCUAUUUGUAAUGGAUUGAUACCAAAUGUAUAUAUAACGAAACUUAUUCUGUUAUUUGAAUAUUAUUAUAGCGAAACAAUAAACUACUUUUUAUUUUUAAACGAAUUUUAAUAAAUACAUUUUUUUUAUAAUUAUUUCUGAGAAAACAACUUUACUUUUAAGAAUUUACAAUUCCUUUAAAAAAUAUGUUUAUUAUGAUUAUUUAUUUGAACAAUAGUUUGUAAGUUAUGGCAAUGAGAAUUACAAGGAUUAAACGAUAAUAUUGCCUAUAGUUUUCUUAUUAAUAUUGAAAAAUAAAAAUAAUUGAAGCUUAUAAGUUAAAUUUAGGAUUAGUUCAAAAUAAACUGUUAUUAUUAAUGAAAUAACUUACCUAUGGAGAGAUGCCUGAAAGAAACACUAGCUAUAUAAUGAUGGAACAGUUUCAUUGUGUAAAAUUUAGGUAUCCAUUGUACGAAAUAUUAUCCAUACGUUAUUGUGUAAUAAUAAUAAUUAUGCGAAGUGGAGAAAUCACGGUUCUAUUUCGUGAAACGGAUAUUAACGCGAUAUGAAUGCGACAUACAUACAAGAAAAAAAUUAACUGAAACGUCUAAAAUAGACAAAUUUAAAAUAAAUGUAUUUGUGUGCAUUUCUUUUUAUAGAAAUUAAUUUUAAUGCAUAAAGUUUUCUUUGAAGUUUUGAACCUAAAAGCCUAUAAUUUUGUAUGAAUUGAUAUCAAAGGUUCUCAUUAUUAGAUUCUAUGAGGUUGCGUGGAUGCCCUUGCAAACCGAUCUAUGGCUACUGCUCGGACAUUCAUAUCAAUACCCUUAUGUAUUAUAGUCAAAAUUGCUUUAAACCAUUAGCACUACUUUUUGGUAACGCUUAUAAAAAUACCAAAGAAAUGAUAAAUGAUACUGGUAUAAACGUUAUAUUACUUAAUUAGCUAUAGUCUAUAGCUGUGAUUUUUUAAUCACAGCUAAACAAUUUCAAGAAGGGGGAAAUCCACCCAUUGUUCCCUCCUCAAAUACGCCACUGGAGUGUAUACUAUAUAGGUACUAAUUAUAUUAUAUGUACUUAUUUAUAUGUCUGUGAAGUCCAUUCUUUUGGAAAACAAAAUAAUAAUAAUAAUAAUAAUACAACGGAGUAGUAUAGUAUCAAUAACCGUCUCUAAUAUUUUAACCAUUAUGUCAAAUGGUUAAGUCAUAAUAAUAAUGCCUGUGCAUUAAUUUUCCUUGAGAAUAAGAAUCAUGGCGGUAUGCUUACAGCUUUGAAGAACCUAUAUUCAGUAUGCCAUUUUUUUGUAUACCCAAACAAUGGAUUCUAUAGAGCUGAUGUAGGUAAAUUAUAUAUGAAACUAUAACUAGGUAUUUAUUAGCAAUAGGUAUUUCGUCAGGGCCUGGGGCAUGACUAAAGUAUUUAGAAACUAUAUUAAUUUUUUUCAACAAAAUUGGAAUAUUAAGAUAGAAUUAAAAAUUUAGAAGAGAUCGUAUAUAAUAUUGUUAAUAAAAAUGUACAGUUAUACUCAUUUGAUAUUAUAUAAGCCAACGCAAAAAAAAUAUUAUUUAUUCUUUAUAAAAUAUAACAUCUAGAGAAAAACAACAGUAUAAUUUUUUUUAAUUAUUAUUUGCUAUACCUAAUUAAUAGCACCGUGUAACGACAUCUUCUAAAAUCUUCAGCAGAAAAUUGCUUUGACUAUAAAAGAAGAAAUCUCAUAAUAAUGCUGUAAUUAAAGUUAAUGUGUGCAUAACGAGUUUUUUUUAGUCAUUGUUAUUGUAUCAUUAUAAUUUAUAGUGCACAAAGAAAACAAUAUUAUACUGUGCAUAUACUAAAACAAUAGUGUUGUGGAAUUGGUUUUUCAUAUAAAAAACAUAAUUUUAAUCAUUUCAUACGAAUAUUAUAAAUAGUACGAAAAAUGUGUCCUGAGUAGACAGAAUAUUAUAUUUUAUUUUAUUGUAUUUAACUAUUUUUUUCAUUCGUCGUUAUUAGAGUUUCUCGUAUGUGUGUUGAUUUUUUGUUUAUAUAUAUAUAAUAUGAGUUCAAAAUUUGUAUUGUAUUUAUUUGUUUUAAUAAAUUUAUCAAUAUCAUCUGUGAUGCUAUCAUCAUUGAGUUUGACGCCUGAAACCACAAACUUAAAUACUGUAAGUAGAAAUGAUUAAGAAUAUGUUUUAUCGCCAUAACAUUUUAUGUAGAUCUAGUAUUGGUAUUUUUACAGUGUAGGUAUAGAUUUGUAUACUACACACAAACUUAUUAUAUUACAUAAAUUCUAUAAUUGGUAUCUAAUUUAAUUAAAUAUCUUGCAUUUUUUUUUUUUUAGACGACCAAUCGCAAAUCAACUGAAAAGUCGAAAAGUAUCCAUUCUCAUAGAGAAAUUAAACAUCGACAAUCAACUCUAAAAAAACAAAAUCGAUGUAAGUUAAAAGUACAUAUAGAGUACCUCACCUAUACAAAUUUAUAAUAUUAGGUAUUCUCUCAUUUCCAAACAAAAUAAAAUGAUAAUUGCCUAUUUAAAAAAAUAUGUGUUCGAUUUUAUAGUACUUUCACUCUUUACAAUUGUUAAAUUUGAUAAUGAACCGUGUUACUCGUCAUUUGGGGACAGUGGUAUUUGUAUGACAUCCACAGAAUGCUAUCAAAACCAAGGAGUACCUAUAGGAUCGUGUGCUAAUUCAUACGGCGUUUGUUGUUUGUGUAAGGAACAUCACGUCAUUGCUAUUAUCAUUAAUAUUCAGAUUCUUUGUUAAAUUGAUAUUUAUGGAUCAAAUUUUAGCACUAUCUACCUGUGGACAGACAAUCCGAGAAAAUGGCACUUAUUUUGUAAACGCAGGAUAUCCAGACGGCUUGAAUGCAACUGGAACGUGUCAAGUGACAAUUCAUAAAACGUCUCCUAACAUUUGCCAAUUUAGGUUGGUAUCUAUAGCUAACUUAGCUAAACUAUCACUGCUAACCUUCACUGCUCAGUGGUAAAACAAACAUUAAUUUAGGUAUUUUAGAUAGUUAGUAAAAUAUUUUUGAGGUAGGUAUGUAAUGGUUUUACAAUGAUGAUUUUAAUAUUUCCUAUCUAUUUCGACCAGACUAUUUACUUGUACAAUCAAUAUCAGCGAUAGUUGUUAGCAGCAAAUGUGUCGAGUUAUUGUAUUGGAACCUGAUUUUUUGAUACUCUUAAUAAAUUUCUUAAUGCCCAAUGAACAUAUUUUCAACACCAGUUUUUAUGAAAAUUAUAUUUUUAAGUUCAAAGUGGAGAGAGGGAUCUAUAUUAGUUUUACUAUGAUGUGUUUUAGACUCGUGUGUGAAAAUGUCCGUCUUUUUUAUUUUUAUAAGUUUUAAAAUCAAAUUUUUACGAAAAUCGUAUGGUUUAUCGUUAAUUAUAGCUAAAUUAAAUAACUCACACUCACUAUCACCUCUUUUUUUUUGUUAUCGUUAAUUAUAGGUAUAAAUUAAAUAACUCACACUCACUAUCACCUCUUUUUUUUUGUAUUUCAAUGAGAAAAUAUCAUAAAAAGUAUUUGAAAUACUUUUACUAAAUACUUAUAUUGACAUUUCUAGCCAUAGUGUAAUUAGCUGUUUUUAUUAAUUUUUAUUUAAGAUUUUUUAUGUUUUAAAAUUUUUGUUUCGAUUCAUGUGAAUAAGUAUUUAUUGGCUGGUCUAAAAGCGUGAUAAUGUUUAAUGUAAGUUUCAUCAUUAGUUUUAUCAGUUAAGCGUUAUAUCACAAGGUUGAAAUUUAUAGUUGCAUUUUAAAUUACACUGCAUACAUACAGGCUGUCCCACGAAGAUAUACCCCUUGAAUCUCCGGAGUUAAUAAAGAUAAUCAAAUUCUGUUUUUUUUUUUUAUAUUACAGGGAAGAAGACUACAAAUAUUUAUAUAUUAAUUAUUAUUAAUUUUUUUUUUUAUUAAACAAAUUUAAAUAAUAACUUUAUUUUAUUAUUUUCGGAAAAUUUUAAGGUAGCCAUUCUCUGUAAAGUUUGUUAUUCAGAAAAUUAUAAUGUAUAAUAAUAAUGUAUAAAACUGAUGUUAUCUAAAGAAUAACCUAACCGUGUUACGCGAUAAUAUCGAUUUUCACACGAAUUAGUAGAAUUAAAAAUGGCUGUUACUUGGUAUUCAUUGGAUAUAAAUGUGUGAUUUAUUAAAAUAUUUAGAAAAAUAAUCUUUAUAGAAUGGCUAUCUUAAAAUUUUCCGAAAAUAAUAAAAAUCAGUAAUUUUUUAAAUUUAAAAAAAUAUAUAUAUAUCAUACCUUUUUAACCUACCAUCUGACCUACACAUGAACAGUAUUAUAUUUUUCUUUUUACUUUUAGAUUAGAUUUUGAACGUUUUGCUAUAAUGGCCCCGGAACCAGUUAACCAUCAAUGCGAUAAUGAUCAAUUUAUUGUUUCCGGUUCGAAUCCUAUACCUGUGAUCUGUGGGUUGAAUACCGGUAGCCACAGUAAGUACCUGAUUUUAUAUUUUUAAAUACAUGCAUUUCAAAUUUGAAUGUCUUUUUUAAAAAUACUUAAUUGUAUUACGGAUGCAGCAUCACCAAAAUUCAAUUGUAGUGGGAGACAUAAUUUUUGAAAGAGUCCGUGACUUUAAAUACCUGGGAAUAGACGUAAAUGAAAGGGCAAAUAGCGAUAAGGAAAUCAAUUACAACAGGAAAAAAGUGUUAUUUCUCACUGGUACCGCUGUUCAAGUCAAAGUUACUAUCGAAGAGAUCGAGAAUUAGGAUUUACAGAGUUCUAAUCAAGCUUAUUGUAGUACUGUAUUAAUCAAUAAAAGCAGACGAAAAAAAACUGAUAACAUUUAAAAAGAUACUAAGGAGUAUAUUUGGCCCAAGAAAAAAUAAUACAAGUAAUCAAUUAUAUGAACGAAGGAUCAACACAGAACUGAAGAAAAUUUUCAAUGAACUUGAUAUAAUAGGUGUUCUAAAGAGUAAGCGGAUAAGCUGGGCUGAGUUUUUUUGGAGGGCAGAAGAUAAAUUAGUUAACAAGGUCACAAAAUGGAACCCGAAUGGACUAAGACCAAAAAACAGCGACAGAGUGACCAAGUUAGUGAAGGCCUUGAGUGCCUAGGAAUUAGGGAUGGAGAAAGGUUAGAAUUAUAUAGAUAUACGUAGAGAGGCGUAUUGGAAGCUGAAUAAUUUUCAACUUAGAUAAAAUAUUUCAAACAAAUUCCUCUUGCAAGAGAUAACGAUUUUUAAAUAUUUAAAGAAUGUUAACAAGCAUUUGAGACUCCAGCAAACUAUCAUUAAUUAAUACUUAAUAGCGAAAUGAUAAAAUAUAUUCUAAACUUUAGAAUCUAGAGUAUUGGUCAUGAAUGUUUUUUUAAGAAUUCUUUGAAAAUUUAAUCACUUACUAUAGGGAAAUAUUUACAAUAUUUGCUUUAAAGUUAACUAAUUUGUGAACAUUUUACUUCUCUCUAUUAUUAUUUCUUUAGGCGAUUUAUUUUUAUUAUUUGCAUUUUUAGGUGCUUCAAUAAGAAGAAUUCUUUAGUGAAACAUUUUUUUAAAUUUAAUUGUAACUAAAAAAUAUAAACCUGCAUUCAUUACUUGUAUACGCGUUACGUUCAUGACAAAAUAGGCAAGAUAAACAUUGUGGAGCCCCGCGCUGGUCGGCCGUUGCAGCUCGACCGGUGCACCGCAUGAUUGUGUAAAUGGGAAACAACUGUUGCGAUUGGCCGCAGUGAGAAAUGAGGCACAGACAUCUAAACGGAACAUAUAGCAUGAAAAUGCGCUCCGGUGGGCGGAGAGGACAGAAAUACGUGAAAUAAUAAUUGGAGUGUUUUAAUUGGUUGUCCUCAUAAUGAAAAGUUGCUCUCUUUCACAUUUUUUUAUAGUUUAUCAGUCUACUUCUCUUUAUCCGUUCGCUCCCCCCAGUUCUCGGGGUGAAUGGUCCGUUUAAAUAUAUAAGUCUAUACAACUGCGUCACUGAGAGUUGGACUGUUUAACAAAUAUACAAACGUGACAUGAGGACAAAGUCAAUUUAAAUAAAAAUCUCUUAUUUAGUGUAUGUGGAUGCUGGUACGGGAACAAGUCCAAUUAUAUUGACAGUGGUUACAAGUGGCAUACUUUUCAAAAGGAACUGGAAAAUCAAAGUCAGUCAAAUACCUUGUGAAUCCAUAACGAAGGGUCGGUUUUAAACUUUAUUAACAUACAUAGGAUUAUACUUCAUGAUAAAUGUAUUCUAUUUAGCUGACACUGGUUGCUUGCAAUACUAUACCGGAAUAUCGGGUACCGUGAAAUCAUUUAAUUAUGAACCAUUUUCUGGCCUUCAUUUGUCAAAUCAAGAUUACACGAUAUGCUUGCGGACGGAACGCAAUUUCUGCUCUGUACAGUAUUCGGCUUGUGAUGACCACAGUAAGUAUUUAAAUAAUAACAAAUAUAAAUUGUCUAUUUUAAAAACUAAAAAUAAAGUUCGUAUAUAAAAAAAAAAAUUAAUUAUUUCCUAUGAAUGAAGUGAACAACAGAAGCCAUGCGUUUACUUUAACCGGUAAUACAUUGGGUCAAAAUCCUGUACAAGCGAAUGUAGGCAGUGUCGGAUCGAGUCCUUGCAAUUCUGAUUACCUAAUUAUUCCGUGUGUUUCGAGUAAACAGGGUCCAGUAGCAUCAGGCAUGAACACUUGUGUCGAUAGACUGUGCGGUGGUACUUUAAAUACGGAUUACUCUACAAUGUCAACGACAGUUCUAAGUAAAAAUAAAAUUUUAUAUAUUAUGCACUUUAUUAUUAUAAUAUUAUAUACUAGCAAUCAUAUCGUUAUAAUUUAUAUUUAAAUUAUAGAUGUACAUUGUAUUUAUAUCAAUAAUUAACAUUAGUAUUUAUAACGUAACAGUGAAAAAAAAAACUAUUAAUAUUAUAUUCUAAGAUAAUCAAUACCUAGCUGUCCUGCUUGGGCUUGCAUUUUACCAAACCCCUUAUGAAUUUUAAAAUUUGUGUUUUAAGGCACUAAAUUUAAAAUAUUUGAAAACAUUUUGUUUUUUUAGAAUUUUUUCAAACCAUUAAUUUAAAAGUUAUAGUGAUUUGAAGACUUAUGUCUAUAAUUUACAUAAUACGCGGAAUAUUACAUCAUGAAAAACACCAUUAUUUCCAUUGUUAAAUAUCCGACGUAGUUUUGCAUAAUAAAUGGGGCUUUAUUUUCGAUUUAUGUUUCAUCAUGAGCGAGUGAAUAGAUGGCCGAAUUUCUUGUUUCACUUAGUGAGAUUUAGGUUAAUACUUAGGGCAUUAACCUCCUUGUAGUAGAAUCAGAUUAGAAAUACUAGGGUAGGUAAGUAAGUGAUUUAAUGUUUUGAGUUUAAGGUUAGACAUGAGCUCGCGAAGCGAUUUUGUGAAGGUCACCAAAGUCAGUCUCGCGAAGCGAUAUUAUUUUGCCAUAACUUCUUUAAUAAUGAUUUGUACGAACACAAAUUUAAAAUUUUCAAAAUGAGCUUUGAUAAAAACGUAAAAGUAUUUUGAAAUUUUUAAGAGAUGUGGUAAAGUACACUUGUUCUACCCACUUACUUUGUUACCUAAUAUAGGUAUACAUUUUCAAUAUAAAAUAUACAAUUUUAACUUUUCCUAAAAAAAAAUAUGCAUACAUAACACAAAGAAAUGUUUAAAACACUCACCAAUCUUCUUUCAUGACUGAUGAACGUCUAAAAAUUAUCUAAAACUGCAUCACUGUUAUUUAUCACUGUCGAGCUAUUUUUUGUUUGAUAUAUAUAUAAUACAUAUAAUACAUAGGUAUUUAUGUUUUUUUCACCAUGAAAUAUAAUUUUCAAAUUAAAAUAAUUUAUUCAAAAUGUUUGUUUUUGUUAUAGGUAGUGUUAGACCUUUUCGGUUGUCAUUCCACACAAAUGCAGUAGAAAUGCCAAAUGAUAUGGGGAAUCGUGGAUUUUGUCUAAACUAUAUACAACAACCGUGUAAUGCUAAUUACAAAUAA